ACGAAAAAAAGCGUUCAACUCCUUUCCCUGUGUUUCGGUUUCGGCUCGUGGAUCGCGAUCGCCGGUCUUUGGCUCGAAAUACCGGUUCUCAUCCAACGACUGCCCGAGAAAUGGACGCUCGCCUCCGACAUGAACAUGGUCAUCCAGUUGGCCAACGUCGGACCCGUUCUCUACUUCUUUCUCCGCAAAUACAAACUCUGCGACGAAACCAUUGCCUCCCACGCGCUGCUCUUCGUCGGCCUCGUGUCGUGUCUGCUGCUGAUCACGUGUUGGGACAAAACGCUCGUCGUGUUCGGCAGAGAGCGCUCUGUCGUGCUGUUUGCGGCCACUUUCGGCCUCGCGCUCCUCGACUGCACCUCUUCGCUCACUUUCCUCCCAUUUAUGGCCAGAUUUGAGACCAAAUAUUUGACGCCAUUCCUCAUCGGCGAAGGCUUAAGCGGUUUCAUUCCCACGCUUUUCGCUUUGCUUCAAGGCGUCGAACAAAACGAAUGCGAAAACGCAAUGAAUUCGGAAUCGAAUCUAAGAUUUUCGGCGAAAUUCUUCUUUUCCUCUCUUCUCUUGACUUUAAUUAUUUCCUGGAUUUCUCUCGUUUUGCUUCAAUCUCUGCCCGACUGUCGUCACGAGACGCGACGCCAAACACCACAAGACGUGGACAACAAAAACACAAUCGGAAACCGGAAAUACAAGUACUUGUUGUCUGUCAUCGGUUUCUCCUGUUUCUCCACCUUUGGUGUCAUGCCUUCCAUUCAACCCUUCUCCGCGCUUCCGUUCGGCAACUCUUGUCUCCAUUUUGUGGUCAUUUUUUCGGCCCUUUGUUUUCCUUUCGGAUGUUUUUUGGCAAUGAUUUACCAAAAGAGAAAAAGCGUUUGUUUUGUCAAUUAUUUAACACUUUUCGCGCAUUUAAUCGCAGUUUAUAUCAUAAUAACCGCUAUUUUGAGUCCAAAUCCACCUCUCAUUCAAUUCCCGACUUUUGGCUCCAUUUUUACGACAAUUUGUUGGAUUUUUUUCACAACAAUCGUCUCUUAUGUGAAAACAAUUAUAACUCUAAUAAUAAGCGAUUCGAAGGGAAACGAAGGACUUUUUUGGAUCGGCUUUCAAACCCAGUUUGGAUCUCUUUUUGGCGCUCUUUUCAUGUUUCUAAUUAUUAAUCACUCAAACGUUUUC